AUCAUGCAAAUAAGAACAUGGGCGACCUCAGAAUCAGUUAGUUCUGUUGCACCUCUUGCAAAUGGCAAACUGAAUUCUCACUCAAGAACCGAACCAUGGCGUUAGCGUUCGGUUCAGUAACUCAUAACUCCAACACUUCGUAUCUCACUCUCACAACACAACCUCUUAACCUUAUCACCAAUCAUUGUACUAAUCUUAAGUUUAUGUUCUGUGGCUCAAGUGUCAGCUAUGGACAUACUCUGUCCUAUUCACCCCAAAGAGCUUCUUUUGCCACUAUUGUCUGUUCUGCUGCCAAUAAACCAUCUUCUUCGUCUGAAAUCAGCUCUACAGCCAAGAUAAGGAGCGAAGUUCUUUCUCCCUUUCGGUCUGUUAGGAUGUUCUUUUAUGUUGCUUUUAUUGCGAGUGCUUCUCUUGGCGGAUUCAUAGCAGCCACACAACUAAUUGGUGCACUGGCAAAUUCAUCAAGAGCAUCUGAAGUCCCUGAUAUUCUGAAAGGCCUUGGCAUUGACAUUGGAGCAGUAUCUUUAUUUGCCUUCUUGUACUUUAGAGAGAACAAAGCAAAGAAUAAACAAGAGGCUAGGAUCUCAAGAGAGGAAAGCUUAUCAAAUCUCAGGCUCCGCGUGGAUGAGAAGAAGAUCAUUCCUAUCAACUCUUUGAGAGGUUUUGCUCGUAUUGUAAUCUGUGCUGGCCCAGCAUCCUUCAUAACCGAGUCUUUUAAGCGCAGUGAACCUUUCACAGAAAGUCUUUUGGACAGAGGGGUGCUUGUUGUGCCCUUAGUAACAGAUGGAAAUUCACCUGCUUUGGAGUUUGAAGAGACUGAAGAGGUGAAGCAACUUGCAACCAGAAGGAAGAGACUCUGGCAACUGGCUCCGGUUUAUAUGUCUGAGUGGUUCGAGUGGUUAGAUGAACAAAAGAAGUUGGCAGGGAUAUCCUCUGAGUCUCCAGUGUAUCUGUCUCUACGCAUGGAUGGUCGUGUUCGUGGCAGUGGCGUUGGUUAUCCUCCUUGGAAUGCUUUGGUUGCACAAUUACCACCAGUAAAGGGGAUUUGGACUGGCCUAUUAGAUGGCAUGGAUGGUAGAGUUCUUUAGCAGAAGUGUUUUUCUACUUCUGAAGGUUGAUAUCUCAUAGCAUCCUCCCCCUAAAACAAGAAAUGAAGCCCACUGUUUCUUCACUUUUCUUUUUCAUUUCUGGUUUUGUUUCCAUAUAGUGCACUUUCCAUUAAACUUUGGUCUUUAUAAAUUUUUUUCCUUUGAUCUUCUUAGAAAUUGCUUCUAUGGUAAUGUUUAGUGGCUAUUGGCUCAAAUGAGGACAAUUGAUAUUUGUACCCCCCCCCCUUUUUUUUUUUUUUUUUUUUGAUAACAGUACCCCCCCCCCCCCCCCCCUUUUUUUUCCUAUUAACAUAACUGUUGAUAUUUUUCAUUUCUGUAAUAGAAUCAUGUAGAUUCCUUUUUUAGGGUUGUC